UUCAUUUAAACUUUCAUGUGAGAGGAUUAAUGUUUUUUCUUGCCAUUCUUUGUUGGUAGAGAAGAAUAGCUUUGCGUCAGACCUGUCUGGUGGGUUUUAUAAGUAUAAGAGCAGCUACAUGACAAGAUCCUGUCAAACUGGAGUGAAGGACAGCCGGUUUGGAUCUGACGUUUCACUUCACUCCCUUACCCACACUUUUUUUUUUUUAGGGACUUUUCGCAGAGCUAGUCUAACAGCUACCAUACUGUAACCAUGGCCCACUGGUACCUGUGUGUGUUUCUGCUGCUGUUGUCCUGUGAUGUGGCCUUUGUGAAGAAAAAGAAAGCAGAUCAGACGCUCUCAAGAGGCUGGGGUGAUGAAAUCUCCUGGGCACAGACGUAUGAGGAGGGGCUGAUCAAAAUGAAGGAGAGUAACAAGCCGCUGAUGGUAAUUCAUCACUUAGACGAAUGCCCAUAUAGUCAAGCUCUUAAGAAGGCUUUUGCGGAGAGCAAAUCCAUCCAAAAAAUGGCCAAAGAAGAUUUCAUCAUGCUGAACAUAGUGCAUGAAACACCAGAUGCUAAUUUGGCUCCUGAUGGCUAUUAUGUUCCCAGAAUUAUUUUUGUUGAACCCACUAUGGUUGUGCGCAGUGACAUCACUGGCAAGUACAAGAACCGAAAGUACGCCUAUGAACCUAACGACAUGGAGUUCUUGGAGGAGAACAUGAUAAAAGCCAAGCGGUUGUAUCACACAGAGCUGUAGUGAGAUCAGAGCUGGUGACACAGGAGAAUGGCAGAUGGAUGAGAAGAUGCAGGACUUAAACUGUUUGUUAUGCUAACAGAAUUUUCAUACAACGUCCUACAAUGAAUGAACCAAACACUUCCGGCUGUAAAAGAAUGUGUUCAUGUGGUCAUGUGUUCAUGUGUGCCAGCUCUCGGUUGUAUUCUAAUGUUGAUCUGAUUGAUAUAAGACACUGAAACACUGGUACCUUGACAAAUAAAAUGUACUGAACACAA